CUUCCACAUCUCUCCCCAUCAAACUAUCCAUAAACCAAAAACACCAACACAGCCUCUUCAUUUUUCAUUUUGUAAAGGGUCAAGUGAGCUCACAAUUUUCUUUUUGUAGCAACUAACAAUGGCAACCAUGAACUCCAGUGUGCUAGCAUGCAACUAUGCCAUCUCUUCUGGUGCUGGAUCACCAGAGCUCAACUCAAAGACUGUUUCUUCACAAUCACUUGUAUCCUCAGUUAAAUUACCUGUGAUCAGGGCCAAACAUGCCAGAGUUUCUGAUUCGAAAGAGCCAAUCCGUGCCGGGAAUGACGGAAGAAGAGCUGCACUUCUUGGCCUUGCAGCUGCACUUUUCACCACUGCUGCCUCCACCUCCUCUGCCAAUGCAGGCGUCAUCGAAGAUUAUCUCGAAAAGAGCAAAGCUAACAAGGAAUUGAAUGACAAGAAGAGGUUGGCCACAAGUGGUGCAAACUUUGCACGGGCAUAUACAGUUCAAUUCGGCACCUGCAAGUUCCCGGAGAACUUCACCGGCUGCCAAGAUCUGGCCAAGCAGAAGAAAGUGCCAUUUUUAUCUGAGGAUUUGGCGUUGGAGUGCGAAGGAAAGGACAAGUUCAAGUGUGGUUCCAAUGUGUUCUGGAAAUGGUGAAGUGUGAAAGCUGCUUGCGUGUGUCAAUGUGUCAAUCAAAUUCUCCCCAACAUGUAUUUAAUUUCCAUUAAGACUUGUACUCUAUUUGUUCUGUCGUCUUUUCUCUGUUUCUAAGUUUUAUUGCUUGAUCCUUGUUCUA